AUGACAAUAUCUACUUUCGAUCACGUUACAGGGCGACUUAGACGGAUUGCGCGUCAUCUCGCCUUCCCAAAUUUUCUCCUUUUGCAGCUCGAAUCCAAAACAUCUAUCUAUAGUAGGCAAAGGAGUACAGGGCGAAAGAUGUUUAACUCGGUAAAUCUGAGCAACUUCUGCUCUCAAACACGUAAAGACCGGACAUCUGAGUUCGGGGACAGGACAGGCUGUGCCUCCAAUAUCUACCUCCCCAGCUGCACCUACUACGUCCCAGAAUUUUCCGCCGUUUCUUCGUUUCUUCCGCAGGGGCCUUCGAGGCAAAUUACAUACCCCUACACUGCAAAUUUGUCUCAAGUGCAACCGGUACGAGAUGUUUCCUACGGCCUGGAUCCUUCCAGCAAGUGGCACCACAGAACUAACUACGCGACGUGCUACUCCGGAGAGGAUCUGGUGCACAGGGACUGUCUUCCGCCAUCCACCAUGACAGAAAUGCUCAUGAAAAACGAGAGCGUGUACAGCCACCACCAUCACCACCAUCCUAACUCUAACCACCCAUCUACUGGUUUCUACUCCAGCGUCGGGAAAAACAACGUGCUCCCUCAAGGUUUUGAUCGUUUUUUUGAAACGGCGUAUUGUGCCACUGACAAUCAGUCAGACCUUUGUUUACAAAAGAGCGAAACGACUAAACUCGAGGGCACGUCCCAGCAGUCCAGUGCAGUUUCGGGGGUGGAUGAACCAGAAAAGGACGCCGAGGACGAAGAAGAACGAACAAAUUCUGGCUCGUGCAGCUCCACAGGCACAAAGGAAGGAAACGCAAGCAAAAUCAACCAUUCUAGUGCCCCUCGCACGAGGAAGAAGAGAUGUCCAUACUCCAAGUUUCAAAUUCGCGAACUGGAACGAGAGUUUUUCUUUAAUGUUUACAUCAACAAGGAGAAAAGGCUCCAGCUAUCCAGAAUGCUAAACCUUACUGACAGACAAGUGAAAAUAUGGUUUCAAAAUCGCAGAAUGAAAGAAAAGAAAUUAAGCAGAGACCGCUUGCAGUAUUUCUCUGGGAACCCAUUAUUGUAAACUAUGGACAUAUUUCAGUAGGCCAAGGUUGAUUUUACUUGAUUUUUCCAAAAACUUGUAUGUUCCAUUAUAAUAUGAUCUAUACAUCAUUGACUAUCUUAAAGAAGCCGACAUUACUAACUAAAUUCGCAUGGAUGUUUUUAGUUGUUGUAAUAACAGAGAAAAUAUGGACGCUAUGGAGCUUUGAAUUCGAGCCUUUGUAGUUAAAAAUUCAAGUUCAGAUUCACGUUUCGCAAGAUUUUAAGGAACAUCAAAGGCUAUACUGAAAUCUUUGUAGGUAUCUUACUCACAAUGCACAUUCAAUGACUAGUUGCUGUAAAUAUGUAACAAAGUCGAACUGAAGUAGGAGUCGUUGUUCAAGAUCUUGUAUUUUCCUUUACCCACCACCUUUUUUUACAUUUUCGUCAUUUUAAACUGUGACUUGUACAAUCUGUAAUAAUGUAUUCCUUGUACAGAGACUAUGCCUUGUGCAUUUGUGAUUGUAAAUAUAGCAUAUAUUAAGUUCA